UCUACCAUUGUGAAUAGUUUUAUCAGAGUAACUUGAACUUUGCUCACUACGUUCUCUCGUCAUCAGGGUCAGGCAGGCCCGUGGGAUACAUACUGUGUAUACUAGGAAGGCCAGCUGAGAGCGGCAGGGUGUUGUGAGAAGACACAAAGCAGAACAUCCAGGAUGGCAGGGAGGAGACGAGGCCGGGGAAACAACGCCCAGCAGCACCGGGCCCCACGGCACCAGAGAGCGGGCCCUCGCGGGUCUCAGCGGGAGCCGGCUGCUUUUGCCAAGUCCACAGGUUGUGAUUCACAGACCCCCCAUGACAAGCUGACCAUCACCCAGGCACGGAGGGGCACACCAGCCAAUCGUCCUGUGCGAGUCUACGCUGAUGGGAUUUUUGAUCUUUUCCAUUCGGGACAUGCUCGAGCUCUGAUGCAGGCCAAAAAUGUGUUUCCAAACACAUACCUGAUAGUAGGAGUCUGCAGUGAUGAACUCACCCACAAGUUAAAGGGCUACACGGUGAUGACAGAGAACGAACGCUAUGACGCCCUGACACACUGCCGCUACGUUGACGAGGUGGUGCGGGACGCUCCCUGGACGCUCAGCGCAGAGUUCCUCCAUAGACACAAGAUUGACUUUGUGGCCCAUGAUGAUAUUCCUUACACUUCUGCUGGAUCACAGGAUGUCUACAAACACAUCAAGGAAGCAGGGAUGUUCGUGGCCACUGAGAGGACAGAAGGAAUCUCCACAUCUGAUCUGAUCACUCGUAUCGUCAAAGACUAUGACAUUUAUGUUCGACGCAACCUGCAGAGAGGCUACACAGCCCGAGAACUCAAUGUUGGAUACAUUAAUGAAAAGAAAUAUCGACUCCAGGAACAAGUGGACAAGAUGAAAGAGACGGUCCGCACGGUGGAGGAAAAGUCCAAACACUUUGUCUACAGAGUGGAAGAGAAGAGCCAUGACCUCAUCCACAAGUGGGAAGAGAAGUCGCGAGAAUUUAUCAGUAACUUCCUGGAGCUUUUCGGACCUGAUGGAGCAUGGGCACGUUCACUUUUACAUCAAUAUUAACUCCAUAGUAAAGGUCC